GUCCCGCUGGCCCUUCCCGGCCCCUCCUGGUUCUGACCGCUGCUGCCGCGAUCUUCUUCUCUGACCAGGCCCCGCGGACGUGGAGCGAAGAGGCGGCAGAUGGCGGCUUCAAGGGAACUUGGGACCCCUGGCGAUUCAGCAGUGGGAAACGGGCACCGGAGUCACCUGGGCAUCCCUGAAGCGGUGUUUGUGGAAGAUGUCGAUGCAUUUAUGAAACAGCCCGGAAACGAGUCUGUGGAUAUUGUGCUCAAGAAAUUGGAUGAGCAGUAUCAGAAAUAUAAGUUUAUGGAACUUAACCUUGCCCAGAAGAAAAGGAGGCUAAAAAGUCAGAUCCCCGAAAUCCGACAGACAUUGCACAUUUUAAAAUACAUGCAGAGAAAGAAAGACUCUCCUAAGCCGCUGGAGACCAGAUUCUUGUUGGCUGACAACCUGUACUGCAAAGCCUCCGUUCCUCCCACGGAUAAAGUCUGUCUGUGGUUGGGCGCCAACGUGAUGCUCGAGUACGAUAUCGAUGAAGCGCGCCUGCUCCUGGAGAAGAACCACUCGGUGGCCACCAGCAACCUCGAGUCCCUGGAGGAAGACCUGGACUUUCUGCGAGAUCAGUUCACCACCACAGAAGUCAAUAUGGCGCGAGUAUACAACUGGGAUGUGAAGAGAAGAAACAGGGAGGAGCCCCCCAAAGCUGUAGUGGCUUAGUGAACCCGCCCUUCGCCUGGAGUUCAACCUUCCCAACGGGCUUGACCUUUGGAGUUCUGAAUUUUAACUUGGGAGUAAUUGCUUUUUAAACAAAAAGGACAUUAACAUUGAAGGCACACAUAUCAUUUAUGAAGAUAAAAUUUAGUCUCAUCAAGGACAUGCAGGAUUUGGACUUGAUUAUCUCCAUGCUUCCAGUAGUGACAUUCCAGAUCUUUGACCAAAUUAAAGCUGAAAUUUGCCUUCAGCCAAGCUGCAUGGGUGAAAAACUAGCUCCUGGAUACUCAAGGAGACCUUUUUCUUCUUUAUUGUUUACCUUUGCCAUUUAGAGAAAGGGAAAAUGUACAAUUCCCAUUUUACAAAUAUUGUUUUGUUGUUCUUUGUUAAACAAGUCUAUUGUAAGUUUGGUGAUUCACAAGUUAAUUUUUUUCUUUCAUGUAAAUUUAGUUAAUUACUAGUCAAUCUUCUGAAUGUUUUGCACUUUUUUGUUAAAUGACUUAUCUGUUUUUAUAGCUAAGAAGUGGAAUAUAAUUGAACAGCAACAAGGCUUGUCGAGACUGCACAUUCUUUGCCCAACUUGUUCCCAGAGUUUCUCGUUAAUUAAAAAGAAAAUUGAGUGGCUAUUGCUCCCGUCUAGUAAUUAAGGAAUACAUUGAAAAAUCUCUUGGCUUAAGCUAGAGUGAGUAACCUAACAGUUCACAAGAACAUCUUUAAGAGGGGAAACUCAUUUUGAUGUUAAUUUCUUUAAAAGGAAGGAUGUGUAGAAGAUGUCCUGAAUUAAACAGCUGUAGUAAAAAAAUAGUUUGUGCCUCUGUUGCUGAGUGAUGCAGAGUUGCUAGAAAUAGAAAUGUAUUCUUCUGCUUUCAAGUAGUAAAUGAUGAAUUUGUAAAACUAUGCUUUUAUUUCAUAAUAUUAAAACAGUGAAAUUAAA